CAGUCUAGUUUGUGCUCUUUCUCGCUCCGCUCGCAGCAAAAGCAGAACGAUGGCGGAAGUCGCUCCUGCUCCAGCCGCCGCGCCGGCCAAAGCUCCUAAGAAGAAAAGCGCUGCCCGGCCCAAGAAAGCCGGCCCCAGCGUCGGCGAGCUCAUCGUCAAGGCUGUUUCUCAGUCCAAGGAGAGGAGCGGCGUGUCUCUCGCCGCUCUCAAGAAGGCCCUGGCUGCCGGCGGCUACGACGUGGAGAAGAACAAUUCCCGCGUCAAGCUCGCCGUCAAGAGCCUCGUGACGAAGGGCACCCUGGUGCAGACCAAAGGCACCGGUGCGUCAGGCUCCUUCAAGCUCAACAAGAAGCAAGCCGAGGCCAAGAAGAAGCCGGCGAAGAAAGCAGCAACCAAACCCAAGAAGGCGGCCGCCAAAAAGCCCGCCGCGGCCAAGAAGCCCAAGAAGGUAGCGGCGAAGAAGCCCGCGGCCGCCAAGAAGUCGCCGAAAAAAGCUAAAAAGGUAGCGGCGAAGAAGCCCGCGGCCGCCAAGAAAGUCGCCAAGUCUCCCAAAAAAGCCAAGAAGCCGGCGGCCCCGAAGAAGACGGCCAAGAGCCCGAAGAAAACAAAGGCGGUUAAGCCCAAAGCUGCCAAGCCCAAGACGGCGAAAAAGGCGGCUCCCAAGAAGAAGUAAACGUGCUGUUCACCCUCAUGUCCUGUUUCUCCUAUUGAAAAAAAAAACGGCUCUUUUAAGAGCCACCCACAUUUUCCUAUUAAAGAGUUCGAUUUUCUUUCGUGCUGCACUUAAAAACUGGCCAGUUCGUAAUAUUUUAAAGCGCCAGGGUCAAAAUUAUGACCGAGUUGCCGUUUGCAUUUACACGGAUGAGAGUAGGAGCUGAAAUUGGAUAAAAAACAGCGAGGAGACAGGGACUUGCUUUGUUUCCUUCUUUGUUUCCUCAUCUCUCAGUUCAGUUCAGGUUUGCUUUAUUGACAUGACAAAUUUACAUGUGUACUUUCAAAGUAUUGAAAAAAUUAUAUAUCAAAAGUAAAUAAUAUGCAAAUAAUAAUAAUAGUUACAAAACCAAGAUUGAUAACAACAAAGCAAUUAAAAAGAGAAAGCGUUAUCAAUUAAUUAAGUAUACACAAUAAUAAAAAGAAAAACUAUUUGA